AUGGAACUUAGCUGGAGAGAAAACUUCGAUUCCAUUGAGAUAAAAUUGAAAAAGGAAAAUAGUGAGGAAAGUGUGUUUUCUGAUCUGAGAUACAUCGAGAACUAUUGCUGGGAGAAUGAACAAGUCAUCGAAAUGGAAAAGACGAAAGACAUUUUAGUUACAGAAAUGUAUAUUAAAAUAAACCAUAAAGAUGAAAUGAUGAAUAUUGAUUUGUAUGAUAAAAUAAAUGUGAACAAAGAACAUGUGAAAAUUAGACAAAAUACAAAAUUUAUUAUUUUUAAUUUAAAAAAAAAGGAAAAAAAAUUAUGGGGACAUUUAAAUUAUUUUACUAUUUUCUUAAUAUACAAAAAUGUAGCAUAUCCAAAUUUGAUAAAAUGUACAAAGGAGGAAAAAAAUAAAUUAAUUGCUCAAGAAAAGAAAUUCAAAUCAGUAAUUAAUGACAGAAGAAUAAAAAGUAUAAAUGAUUUGAAGAAAAUACUCAGGAAAGACAAAAAUUCGAAAGAAGAUUUCAUCAAAAAGCUCCAGGAAGAUGCACAAAACAUACAAUGUCAAUUAGAAGAACUAAGAAAUGAGCAGCUGAAAAAUCAAAAGGAAGAAAUACGUAAAAGAGCCAUCCAUUCGAUAUAUGAAAAUUCUCAAGAAAGUGAAAUGGAUAAACCAGAACUGCAUAAUAAAGUAGACAGGAUGAACUCCUCAUAUGUAAAUAUAGACAACCACAAUGAUAAGAAUCUAUCUGCAGAAAAAAAUUCAAACAAAAUAAACACAUACAUAGACGAACUCACUGAUGGACAAAGAGAAAGUAGCAAUCCAAUGAACAUAUCUUCCUCCAAUUUAACCAUGACCAGCAAACCCAAAGUACUACUGCUACAAGAUCAAAAAAAUGUGCAGAAAAAAGUCAUCGAAUUGAAGUUUACGCAAAUGAAAAGGAAUGAACUCCCUGCAAGAGAAUCAAGAAAUGUAAAGCAGAAAAUUCCCAAUUUUACAUCAACUAAAAACUUCUUUCUAAUUAUUCUGAUAGAAAAGGCGAAGAAGCUGUACUUCAAAAAUGCCGAUUUUGGAAGUUGUUUAGAGACCUUAAAAUCGGUUGAUUCUUAUUUAGUUAACGGAUCUGAACUAGUUAAAGAAGAACAAAUAAAGAUGUUGAACAACUUAUCCUUAUUGUACCUACUGACGAACGAAUUGAGUGAAUGCAUAAACACAUGUGACAGAUGCUUGAAUAUGAUAAAAGAAGAAAUAAAAAGUUACAACGUCGAAGAUACUCACUUUGAGAAAAAUAUACUAACUGAUGUGAAUAAUGUACAAAUGAAAACAUGGAAUAUAUUAGAUAAUAUAAAAUCCCAAAAUUAUGUUCAAUAUAUAUACACCAUCUACGCAAUUGUUAGUGCAAGAAAAAUAUGUGCUAUGAUUAAACAAACAAGGGAAAAUCUAUUAGAAAAUAUAGAUAAAAUUUAUAUCUCGAUUGAAGAUAUAAGCAGAUAUUUACCAUGUUCCAUUUAUGAGGAUCUCAAAAAAGGAAUUAAUAAUUUUAAACUUUUUUCCACCUUUAUAAGUCAUCUGAACAAAUUCAAUUUAAACCAUAUUUCAUAUGUUGACCAAGCUAGACAAAAUUUGCAAAUCUUGAACAAAAACAUCUUAGAAGAAAAAAAUACAUAUAACAUUUCAUUCAGUUUUUGCAUUACCAUGAUGAGAUCAUUGAAUUUAAAAAAUCUGAAUCGAUUUUAUCAAAAUGUUAUAAACAUUUUGUUAUGUAUUUUUACACUUAUAGAAAGACAAAAUGAGAUUUAUUCUUUUUUAAAUAAUGUAGAAAAUUCUACAUCUUCAAAUUCUGCACUUGUCCAUAUAUACUUGUUCAUUCUCCUCAUUAAAAAUGAAAGUUCCUAUUAUGAUAAAAUUGAAGAAAUAGUAAACUUAAGAAAUCAUACAUAUGAAUAUCCAAAUAUAAGAAAUAAAGUCAUGAACAUUUUAAUUUGUCAUUUGAUGGGAGGGUUCUACGAAUUAGAUUUAAUUGUCAGAAAUAAUUUAUGCUUGAAAAAUAUUAUCUCCUCAAUUCUCCACAAAGACGAAAUUGCUGUGGUGACGGAACCGUUAGAACACGGGUGCGCUAGAAACAUCGAACCAAAAUCUGAAAUGGCACACGUGGGUGAUAAAAUAAUUGUGUACCAAACAAACGAACGUUUUUUUUCUCCUAGCAAAACACUGUUUGAGAACAUCUCAUGCAAAAUAAAAAAAGAAGAGAAAGUUGCAAAACAUAUAAGCAGUGUAAAUACACAGUCAUAUGCCUUAAAGGUGGAACUAUUUGAAAGUCUAACGGAAUACCUUUGUGUGAAGCAGAAAUGUGAAUACUUUAAAAUAGAAAUAGUGAUAAAAAUGAUUAAAAAUAUUUGCUACACAUUUAAUUUAAUACAAAGAAUAUAUAAAGAAAAUGAAAAAAAUAAGAUGCACCUAAAAAGGGCUAUGUACACUUUACUGACUGAUUUAUCAUAUAGUAUCAGCAAAUUAAACUCAUCAUCUGUCGAAACGGAAAAUGUUAUUAGUCUCCUCUUUUUGUACUUUUGCUUUUCCUUUAUUUAUAACUACCCAAAGAAUGAAUUCAUUAUUGAUACGCAUUAUAAAACAAUGGACGAAAUGACACAUUCAAAUUAUUUUGCUUUGAAUGAUGACACACAAGAAGAAAAAAAAUUUUCUAAAGACAACUUAAAAAGUAUAUUACAGAAAACAUUUUUAUAUAAAUUUUUCUUAGAUUACAAACAAUAUGAAGAUUUAAAAAAGAAAAAAACAUAUAUCGACUCUGCUGGACGGGCAUCGCAACAAGAUCUUGAACAUAACUCCAUGCUGCAAAGAAUUAGCUCGCUCAUCAAAAAAAUAAAAACAAAAAUAAAAAAUAAUACAAAUAAGAAAAUUCAUAAUUAUUACCCAAUAAUGAAAUUAAUAAACAAGAAAUACGUAAAAGAGUUACAUCAUUUCGUUUCAUUUCUCAAAAAAAAAGAUCUACAUUUAGAAUCCAUUAGAUGUAACAUUUUACUGCUAAGUUCACAUUACUAUUCCCCUUCCCUUUCAAACUUUAGUUUCUCCUACGUAAAUGCAGUACACAAUAUUUUUACCUCUACUUUUUUCGAAAAAAAUGAGAUAAAUAAACAAAAAAAAAUUACACUAGAUAACAAUUUAUCAACCGAAUCAAAAAGAAUACUACAUAAAAAUAUAUCCUAUUUUACCAAUAGUACAUUUAUCAAUUUUAAAAAUACAAAAAGGGCCAUCUUUUUAAAAUCAUUUCAAGAAGAGAAUAUGAAAAAUGCGUUAGUGACAUACAUCCGAUCUAUCAUAUGUAAACUGAAAAGGGUUCAAAUACUCAGAAAUAUUUUUACAAGUUUACAGCACAUACAUGCACAUGGGGAAAUUCUAAAAAACAUUCUGAAAGUUCUUAUGAAUUAUUUGAACAACCUCUCCGUCGACUUUCACAUUUUAAACCUCGUAAUUAAUUUUAUUACACAAGUGGAUAUAUCUCCCCUUUUUCUCGUCAACAAAAAAAAGAUAGAAAACCUUUACGACUUUAACGAUACAAGCAUUUCAGAAAAAUGGAAAGAACUAUUUUCAAAUAAUGAGGAAUAUAAAUAUAUACUUCAACACCAUUUCAAGAAAUUUUUAAAAAUAAAAAUAUUUCUUUUAAGUCAUGAAUGUGUACUCUACGUAUGA